GCAGGAGUCAUGUGGCUGGAAAUACUCCUCGCCUCUGUGCUGGGCUUUGUCAUCUACUGGUUCGUCUCCAAGGACAAGGAGGAGACCUUGCUCCUUGGAGAUGGCUGGUGGGGGCCCGGAUCAAGGCCCGCGGCUGCGGAGGACGAGAGCAUCCGGCCAUUCAAGGUGGAGACGUCAGACGAGGAGAUCAACGACUUACACCAGAGGAUCGAGAAGUUUCGCUUAACCCCGCCUUUGGAGGACAGCCGCUUCCACUACGGGUUCAACUCCAACUAUCUGAAGAAAAUCAUCUCCUACUGGCGGAACACAUUCGACUGGAGGAAGCAGGUGGAGGUUCUCAACAAGUACCCUCACUUCAAGACCAAGAUUGAAGGGCUGGACAUCCACUUCAUCCACGUGAAGCCCCCCCAGCUGCCCUCCGGCCGCACCGCGAAGCCCUUGCUGAUGGUGCACGGCUGGCCUGGCUGCUUCUACGAGUUUUAUAAGAUCAUCCCGCUCCUGACGGACCCCAAGAACCACGGCCUGAGCGAUGAGCAUGUGUUCGAAGUCAUCUGUCCAUCCAUUCCUGGCUACGGCUUCUCAGAGGCAUCCUCUAAGAAAGGCUUCAACUCAGUGGCUGCUGCCAGGAUCUUUUACAAGCUGAUGCUGCGGCUGGGCUUCCAGGAAUUCUACCUUCAAGGCGGAGACUGGGCCCUGAUCUGCACCAACAUGGCCCAGCUGGUGCCCAGCCACGUGAAAGGCCUGCACUUGAACGUAGCCCUGGUUUUAAGAAAUGUCUACACCCUGACCUUUUUCCUGGGACGGCGUUUGAGGCUUUUUGGCUACACUGAGAGGGACCUCGAGCUGCUUUACCCCUUCAAGAAGACCUUCUACACCUUGAUGAGGGAGAGCGGCUACAUGCACAUCCAGAGCACCAAGCCGGACACCGUGGGCUGCGCCCUGAAUGACUCCCCCGUGGGCCUGGCUGCCUACAUCCUAGAGAAGUUUUCUACCUGGACCAACGAAGAGUUCCGGGACCUGGAGGAUGGCGGCCUGGAGAGGAAGUUCUCCCUGGAUGAGCUGCUGACAGUCAUCAUGCUCUACUGGACAACGGGCACCAUCACCUCCUCCCAGCGCUUCUACAAGGAGAACCUAGGACAGGGCGUGAUGGCCAAUAAGCAUGAGGCGAUCAAGGUCCACGUGCCCACCGGCUUUGCUGCCUUCCCUUCCGAGGUGUUACACUGCCCAGAAAAGUGGGUGAAGAACAAGUACCCAAAACUCAUCUCCUAUUCCUACAUGGCCCGUGGGGGCCACUUUGCCGCCUUUGAGGAGCCGGAGCUGCUGGCCCAGGACAUCCGCAAGUUCAUGGGGCUGUUGGAGCAGCAGUGACCACAGCGGGUGGGGGGACUGGCUGUCACCUCAUAGGCAUCCCCUGCUCCCAAGUGGUAGGCUCCCUCCCGAUCCCUGUCCUUUUCCCCGGAAGCUCCCGGCAGAAGUGGGGCUGGCAGGGUGGUGGCUUCCCAGGCUUCUGUGGAGACGCCCCAUUUUCCUAGGAACACACUGGCUUCCGUCCCUGCCAGCUGGGACCCCAGGCCUGCCCCUCAGCAUAUGCUCCCCACACACUUGUUAAGCAACAUGACUUUGAUGAUAAAUGAUUUUCCUUC